AUGUCCGACGACGAGACGACCCUACAGCAGGCCCUUUUCACGACUGGUCACGAGGAGAGCGGCUCUUCUGACUUCGACGAAUACAUCCAAGACGAGGGAGCAGAGACCGCUUCAUCGGGAUCGUCUUUCGAUGAACUCGACGAUUCAGAGUUUCCUCGGUAUUUCUCCGAACGCCGAGGACGCCUCUACCACUCAAGCACUACCGCUCCAUAUCCAUUACCCGUUGACACACCUGAGCAACAGAGGCACACCGUGUCGCAUAAUAUCUUGAAAAGACUGAUGGGAGGGAACUACCUCGGCCCAGUCCCCGCAGCUCUAGCAGCUGGCCAGGACAGGAAGGUCCUGGACCUUUGUACUGGCAACGGAAAAUGGGUGACAGAGAUGGCUGAAGAGUUUCCACACGUCAGCUUCACCGGCAUCGAUAUAGUGCCUAUUGCAACUCGUUAUCCCCCCGAUAAUGUUCGCUUCAUCCUGGCAGAUGCCAACCAGACCCUGGACUGGCCAGGUGGUACUUACGACUUCGUCCAUGCGAGGGACACCUUGCUGGCUAUCGUGAACUACGACUGCUUCGUAGCGGAAGUAGCUCGCGUCCUUAAACCCGGGGGCUUAUUUCUCUCGGUGGAAUGGGACCGCUCUCCUCACUUCCACCCAAGCUUCGAUCUCGACCCCAAAGAAAGCGCCCCUGCAUCCAUGCGGCUCUCACAGCUGGUCUGCGACGCCCUACUUCACAGUCGCGGAAUGCAGCACACCUCCUUCACUUGCUCUUCGUCCCUCGCAGCAUCCCCCCAUUUCACCAACCACGAAACUCACAAAUUGUACGUUCCCAUCGGCGGCUGGCACUUGAAUCCCAUGCUUCGUCGCGUGGGACUCGCGUCCAAAGUCGCUCAGACACGGUUGGCACGUGCCUGUAGAGAGCUGCUUGUCGAUAACACCCCAUUGACGCCUGACGAGGUUGAGAAUGCGAUACAGGACUACGUAGACGAGCUACUGUCGACCGACGGACUGAUGGCCACGGUACACGUUGCAUGUGCUACGAGGGUCUAA